GUCAGCUCAUUUGAUCUACAUAUCCUAUUCGAUCGGAUCUAGGAAUCUAGCCUGCUUUAUUCUAGGCUAAAGCUGGCCUGAAUUGCAAAAUGAGAGGCGAGGUAAGAAGUAUACGAUUUCAUCAGCCGUCUGCUUCCCCGCAUGACUACCCCUCCAUGUUGUUUAGCUCCAGGUCAUCUCAACAACAUCGAGAUUUAUUGUGCGAGUGGCACUGUGGUGAGGUUUUGGAAUUCUAACGUGAUUCUCGAAUCAGGUUUGUCACAUACACAUCGGUCAGGCAGGUAUCCAGCUGGGUAACAGUGCCUGGGAGCUGUAUGUCGUCCCCGCUUUUCACAAAUACACAGCCCGUGCCGUCGACCAAAAGCAACCUGUGCUCAACUUAUCGUGCCUUCAAUAGAUACCUACUUGAACAUGGUCUCAAGGCAGAUGGUCACCUGAACCCUGACGCGGCCGAUGAGUCUAGAUCUGCUGGCUCUUUCGAGACGUUCUUCACCGAGUCCAGCAACGGGAAAUAUGUCCCGCGCUCAAUCUUCGUCGAUCUCGAUCCGUCGCCUGUUGACGAGGUCCGCACCGGGACAUACCGUCAGCUGUUCCAUCCUGAAACCCUGAUCAGUGGAAAUGAGGAUGCUGCCAACAACUAUGCACGCGGACAUUACACUAUCGGAAAGGAAAUGGUUGAUAGCGUCUCCGACCGCAUUCGCCGUGUUGCCGACAACUGCUCUUCUCUUCAAGGAUUCCUUGUCUUCCAUUCCUUUGGUGGUGGUACUGGCUCUGGCUUUGGCGCCUUGCUGCUGGAGCGCCUCUCGACCGAAUACGGCAAGAAGUCGAAGCUUGAGUUUGCCAUUUAUCCUUCACCUCGCGUGUCCACGGCUGUUGUCGAGCCAUACAACGCGGUCCUGUCCACUCACAGCACCAUCGAGAAUGCUGACUGCACUUUCCUGGUUGAUAAUGAGGCGGUCUACGACAUUUGUCGCCGCAACUUGGAUAUUCCACGCCCGGGCUACGAACACCUCAACCGGCUCAUCGCUCAGGUGGUGAGCUCAAUCACUUCCAGUCUUCGCUUCGAUGGUGCCCUGAACGUCGACUUGGCCGAGUUCCAGACCAAUCUGGUCCCUUUCCCUCGCAUUCACUACCCACUGAUCUCGUUUGCUCCGGUGGUUUCCAGUAACCGCAGCUCCCACGAGAGUUUCAAAGUUCAGGACCUGACUUUCCAGUGUUUCGAACCCCACAAUCAGAUGGUUGUUUGCGACCCACGCAAAGGCAAAUACAUGGCGGUAGCUCUGUUGUACCGUGGUGAUGUUGUUCCACGCGACUGUACCCAGGCUGUUGCCGCUGUCAAGGCCAAGGCUUCCUUCAACUUGGUCGAAUGGUGCCCUACCGGAUUCAAGCUGGGCAUUAACUACCAGAAACCCAUGUGUGUCCCUAACAGCGAGCUGGCGCCCGUCGAUCGAUCGGUCAGCAUGCUUUCGAACACUACGUCCAUUGCCGAAGCCUGGGGUCGCCUGGAUCAUAAGUUCGACUUGAUGUAUGCCAAACGUGCCUUUGUCCAUUGGUAUGUCGGUGAGGGUAUGGAAGAAGGUGAAUUUUCCGAAGCGCGCGAAGAUUUGGCUGCGCUGGAAAAGGACUAUGAAGAGGUUGCCAGUGAUAGCCCAGAGAUUGAGGACGAGGACCCCGAGUACUAAGCGUCCCGCCUUCUGCUUUGAUUGCCUUCGCUUCUUGGUUUGCCGAGGCCCUUUGUUCCAUUUUCUGCGUGCGACAACCCCUUCCGUUAUUUGUUUCUUAAGCGUCGUCUUGACUUUUCUGUUUUUGCAUCGUCCGGCUUUGAUGUUUUGGCCAAGGGAAAAUGGGGGAAAAAAGCUUAGAAGCACGCUGGAAAUUGUUUGUGUGUGAUGAGCCUGCGGUGGAUUGCAGCUGAGAUGGCUUGCCAAUGAUGUCUAUUA